AUGACUUCCACGUUAGAUGGAAUUCCCAACCUGAUAGAAACGGACUCUGCUGCCAAUUUUGCUUGGGGCAACACGUCCUCUUUAGAAUGUGAACCCUCUGACUCUUGGGAGGCAGAUAGCAAUGCUAAUUUUGCCUGGGGUUAUCCAGAUUCCUCCUCAUCCAAGAAGAAAUCAGAGGAGUACGUCACGAUACAAAUGCCAGUGAAAAACAUCCCUCCACCACCUCUACCUAAAAAGGAGGUUUCUGUCUGGAAGUACCCAGAAUACGUCAACUUUUCCGAGCGUUAUGCCAGUUUUGGGGAUUGGCCAAAAUAUCUGAAGGGACCCAACAAAAAAGACCUGGCACGUUCUGGAUUCAUCUACACCAAGAUCGGAGACAGAGUCACUUGUUUCUCCUGUGGCAUGACCCUGAAAAACUGGGAACCUCUGGACGAUGCUUACAAAGAACACCUUCGUUGGUCCAAGAACUGUACCUACGCCCGGAUGGUAACAGAUGGAAAAUACGAUGACUGGAGAAAGAGAUCUUACAAUGUUCGUCAGUAA